AUGGCAGGCGACCGACGAGAAACCUCAGCUCUGAGCGAGGAGCAGCGCGUGCACAUCUUCGUUGCAACUUUGUAUUCCCGUGGGCAGGCAAGGCAGUUGCAGCACACGGUUGACAUGCUGGAUGGGGUUCUCUACGUGGACCGCGGGGUGCUUAGUUGCAGCGGGGCUUGUGUGGCCGGAAGGACUUCGGCAGAUCCCUCACACGCCUUCCCGGUCACGUCCGCGGCCGGCUUUGAAUCCUUGGGCAGUUCUCCAACAAAAUCCCGCCACUUUUCAGGUAUGGAGACAAAGUCUUUCCGUCGAGACAAAGUUGAGGAGGACCUUCCUGAAGGCGUCCCGUAUGGAGUGCGAGCAGCGAGGGCAGCAAAGGCCCCGCGAUCGAAGCCGGCGACCAGCAAGCGGUCUGCCCGCACCCGCAGAUAG